CAUAGUAUUCGCGCGCGUCUGUCUAUUUAAUUAAGUGUUGUACUUGGCGUCUAUGUGUAUUUUCCGUAUAUAAUUAGUUUCUACAUUGCUAUGAUUUAAAUUUUUUUUCAAUUCUAUAAUAAUAAAUUAACCAUCAGUUUUUUUUCUAUAUUAUAGUCAUUGUUUUUCAUUAUAAAAAAGAAAAGUGAGCAUUAUAUUGGAAUAUAUUAGACAAAGUUAUAACAAUGAGUCAAACAGUUGAGGAGCAGGAGCAAGAAAAGAAUAUGGAUAAAAAGGAGACAGCUGAAGAAGAACGUGAAAAAAUGUUAAAUGCAGAAAAUACUAAACAUGCGAGCAAACCAGUAGCAGAUUUGGAGAUUGAAGAGAAUCACCAGAAACGUAAGAUUCCUAUUGGUGGUAUUAAAAUGCCAGGAUUUUGUCGAAGCAAGAGCAAGGAAACUAAUAAGGAUGACAAUGUAAAAUCUACUGAUAAAGUAAAUGCUGAACCUGGAUUGGCAAUUUCAAAAGACAAAGAACAAAAUCCUCCUUCUAAUGAAGUUUCAAUAAAUGUUGAAAAAGAAUCCAAAGAAAAGGAAUCGAGUAGAGGAAUUUUUCGCGCCAUGAAAUUACCACUUGCCUCAGUUUUUCCUCGUAAAAAGAAGCAGGAAACUGGUGAGCAUGACAUCGUUGGCUUAGCAAGCGUAGAGACACUUGGUGAUGUUGCGGAGAAAGUUCCUGCCGCAGACGAUGCUGGUAUGGAAACUGUUCGUCUUGAUGGAAAUGCUUUUAAUGCCGAUGAUCCACCUAAACCACAUUCAUUUGUCGUCUGUUUGUCAGCUGCCAGAAGAAAUUUAUUUGUAACAGUGUCAACAUUGUUAAUUUUAAUAACCGUGAUUGUCAUAAUUUGCGUUGCAUGCGUGGGCCCUAGAUAUGUUUUACUAGAGCCACCGCUUAAAGACGGUAAAUAUAUUUUGGCACCGACAUCAUGUGGAUUAGUUGAAGGUAUUUUGGAAGAUGGUGGUUAUGCAUUCCGCGGUAUUCCAUAUGCCGUACCACCGAUUAGUAAUCGUCGUUGGCAACCGGCUGAACCACUUCGAAGAAUUGAAAAUUGUUGGACUGGUACCUACAGUGCUCACAAUAAUUCAAUUCAUUGUUGGCAAUUUGAUUCUUCAGGACGUAUUAGCGGUACUGAGGAUUGUCUUAAACUUGAUGUUUUUACACCAAAAGUUGAUACAAGAAAUCCACUUCCCGUUGUCGUUAUGAUUGGAGCUGAAACUUUAAAUGGUGGUUCACCAGGUGUUAUGCAACCGUCAUCAAAACUUGCAAGAGUACGAGAAAUUGUUUUUGUUCGGCCGAAUUUCAGAAUGGGUGUAUUUGGUUUUCUUGCCGCUGAACCUUUAUCGCGAACAACUCAUCCUCCAACUUCGGGAAAUUAUGGACUUUCUGAUAUAAUUGUCGCUUUAAAAUGGAUUCAAAAUAAUAUUCAUCAUUUUGGUGGUUGUAAAAAUAAUGUCACAAUUUGGGGACAUAGAGCGGGUGGUACACUUGUUACAACAUUAAUUGGCGCACGAAAGGCAAAUGAUCUUUUUGCUCGUGCAUGGAUAUCAAGUAGUAGUGCCAUUUUUCCUGGUGAAGAACUAUCAAAAUCGGAGAAAUCAAAUGAAGUAUUUUUAAAUGCUACAAGAUGCAGUGAUGCCGCUUGUUUAAGAAGCAAAGAUCCAGAAGAAUUGAUGAAUGCUGUUCCUUCAAGUUGGUUGAUUGGUAAUGUAGAACUUCCUGAGCCAAAAGAGGCAGGUAUUACAAAUGCAAAGCAUGAAUGGCUCGUUAAGGAUGGUUCAAUUAUACAAGAACAUGUUGGUGAAAUUUGGACAAAGCAAGAUCUCAAAGUGAAAAUUGUUAUUGGUACAACAGCUCAAUCGGGAACUCCUGUUAAAUAUUUGUCUUCAAAUUCAACAUUGGAAGCAGAUCAAGUUAAUAAAAUUGUACGAGAAUCUCUACUUGGCACCAAUGGACUGGCCGAUGAAGCACUCAGACGUUAUAAUUCAACGUUAAAGGGUUUGGCAACAAUGAUAUCGGAUAUUCGUGUAGUAUGUCCUCUAUUGACAAUUGCCAAUAUGAAAACAAAUAUACCAUUUUAUGUGCGUACAAGGCCAAGAGGAGAAACCCUCGCUGAUCCUGACAGUGAUGCUGCAGCUAUUUUAGGUUCAUAUACACCGCGAACAGUCGAAGAAAAAAGACACGUUGACGCUAUGCAAAAAUUUUUCAAUCGUUUUGUUUGGUUUGGCGAAGUUACUCAAGCCGAUCCAAGAGGAGCUAAACGAAUACUUAUUGUUGAUCAAGACAUUCAUACCGAGAACGAUUAUCCAAAUUGUGACUUUUGGAUUAAUAAAAAUAUUGCCCCUAAAUAUGGUCGAGUAGAUUAGAAAGAAAAGGUAUUUGAAAAUCAUUUCCAAUACUUUUUUUUUUUUUUUUAAAUAUUUUAUUUCAGAACUGAAUUUAUGAGCGUAAGACUCUCUUUUGAGGUUAAUCUAAAAUCCUCUCUUUUCUUUUUUUUUUAAAAAAAAACUAUUUUAGUAUUAAAUGUAAAAUUAAGUGCGUAAUUUAUUUCUAUUUAUGUAUUAAAUAGACUCAUAGCAAUAUAUUUAUUGCAUGUUAUUUAUAACUUUUUAUAAAUAAUAUAAUUAAAUAGUAGUUAUUCAGAAUUUUAAGUAAGUGCCAUUUUGUAUUUACUUUUUUUAUACAAAAAAAAUCUUACUCAUAUACAAUCAUUGGUAAUCUAUUUUUUCUAAUUUAUUUUUUUUUUACAGUGACAGAUAAUUCAUAAUAUUUUUAAUUUUUUUUUUUACGAAAAAUUUUUAUUUUUGUUUGCUUUUUUAUAUAUGGAACUUAUUAAAUUACAAAAAUUGGUACUUGCAUUAUUUACUGAUAUGUGUCCACAAUAGAUAAAAGAACAAAUGUAUUGCAAUAAAUUUAACGGCACUGAUAAAUAAUGGAGCUUAUUGUUUUGUAACUUUUUUUUUUAUUGUGUGUAGCUACAAAACUGACUGAGCAAUUUUGCAUUUAUUUUUUAUUAAAAUUUUCAUAUAAAAGUGAAGUUCAUAAUAAAAAAAGAUGCACUUUUUAUUCUAAAUAAAAGAAAAUGAAAUAAAUGUCCUUAGGCUUUUCAAAGAUGCAAAACCUCCAUGACAAAUAAGAAAAAAAACACCUGUCCAAUGAAAAAAAUGUACUUAAUUUUUUUACGAAUAUAAUUUAGAAAAAAUUAUUUAUUUACUCACUGUGAAAUGAGUAUUUUUUUUCUUGUGUAGUACUUUGGUAUUAUUUACAAAGUAAGCAACAAUUUUAAUUACGAUUUUUGGACAGGAAUUAUGUGACAAAAAAAAAACCCUGUCGAAAGUGUCGAAUUAUUUAAUCACUUUUGUUCAGUAUUAUUCCGAGGUAUUCUAAAUUUAUAUCUUUCUCAAUUCAAAUUUUUUUUCAAAUCAAGAAAACAUUUUUUUUUUUGCAAUGAAAUUCAAUUCUGUUGAAUUAAUGUGAAUUUUAAUUUUGUUCAAAUAUUUCUUUAAUUUAAAACACGAUUUGAAAAGUUUACAAAUCAGAAAAGAAGUGUAAAGAGCAAUUUGGAUUGAGAUUGAUAGAAAUUUUAUUGUUUCGACAGUAAUUAAUUGUUUUGUAAGUAAACAGAAGAAUGAAAUAUUCGAAAUUUUUGCUAGGGAAAUAAAUUUAAUUUAAAAAAGUCUCUCUGUAAUUGUAAAAUUAUAAAUUCUACGAAUAUUGUCAAAUAAGAGGUUAAGUAAUUUGUAGAGUUUUUGCGAAAAAAAAAUAAUAAUAAUGUUGUUUCAACAUUCCAUAAAAUGAAAAAUUAUGGAAUAAAGCUGACAGAUUUUUAUAUUAACUCAAGUGUCCAAUUUUUAAGUGAGUUUUUGAUAAUGAAACAUAAUAUAUUUAAGUCUGCGGUAUUUUUGUACUUUUUGAUAGAAGCCUGUAUCUUUAAUAACUUUUUAAACACAUUUUGGAAAUUUUGUUUCUUACAGUUUUAUACUAAACAGAGGUUUUUAGACUGUAUUACUGAUGAAUUUCAUUUUUUUAAAAACUAUUUCAUUAUUUUUUAUAAUUUUAUCUAAAAUAAUGAGAGUUGAAAAAAAAAUUUUAAUUCAUUUUGUAAUUUUUAUAACAUAAUUUCCAUUUUACUUAAUCUCUUAACUUAUUUUAAUAAAUAUGUGAUAAAUUAGUAUUUUUAGGAUUGCGGCAGUUUUACUUUUUAUAAAUUAAAUUAGAAUCAAUAAUAAUAAUAAUGAUAAUAGUUGUUGUUGUUGUUGUUAUUGACGUGAAAUUGUAUUACACAACAACAUUGUAAUGGAAAAUAAUCUCAGUGAUCUGUUUUUGUAAUAAUGUCAUUUAAGUACAAUUUUUUUUUUUUUAUUUUACAAUAUUGUAGAAUAUUCUCAUAUAUUCUGAAAAUGGUAUUUUAUAUUAUGCUCAUUUUAAUAGUGUGUAACUAGUUGACAGUUUGCGGUUCCAUUGUUACCGACAAAGUCUAAAACAAAUAAAUCUUUAUAAUUGCAAA